AUGCCAGCUUUGUUUAAAGAAUCGCCUCAACAAAUAUCUCAAAGUCUUAAAGCCAAAUUUAGUGAUCCUUAUCAGUUUGCUACCAGUGUCCCACUUUCAGAUACGAAAGAGCCAGGGUAUUCACAUAUUUACAGGAAUUCUUAUGAUCCAACUACAUUAGCAACGUGUCCACAUCCAGAAUUGGAUACAUUGCAUAAAAUUUUUGAAUUCAGUAAUACAAUUUAUUCUGAUUCUCCAUUCUUAGGUCAUAGGGUUAAGAAUCCAGAUGGUACUUUUGGUGAAUAUAAAUUUCAAACUUAUAGACAAAUUUAUAAAAGAAGAAAUGAUUUUGGUUCUGGUAUUUAUUAUGUCUUGGAAAACAAUCCAUACAAAACUUCAUCUGAAGCUCAUUCAAAAUUGAAAUAUGAUCCAACAAAUAAAGAUCCUUUUAUUUUGGCGGUUUUUAGUCAUAAUCGUCCAGAAUGGGCAUUAUGUGAUUUGACAACUAAUUCUUUUGGGAUCAUAAAUACAGCUUUGUAUAGUACUUUGGGUCCUGAUACUAGUAGAUAUAUUUUGGGUGUUACUGAUUGUCCUAUUGUGGUAACUACAAAGGACAAGGUUAAAGGAAUCAUUAGUUUGAAAAAUUCAAACCAAAAAGAAUUAGCCAGUUUGAUUACCAUUGUUUCCAUGGACGAAUUAACAGAAGAAGACAAAGAAUUGAGAUCAUUUGGUCAUGAGAACAAUAUUACUGUUUAUGAUAUUAAAGAAGUUGAGAACUUUGGUGAAAAGAAUCCAUUAAAGCCAAUUGAACCAACUCCAGAUACAAUUUUUACCAUUUCUUUUACUUCUGGUACCACUGGUGCAGCACCAAAGGGAGUUGUAUUAACCAAUAGGAUUUUGGUAAGUGGAAUUACGACUCACUGUACUAUUCUUAGCUUUGGUCCUGAACGUGUUCAUUAUAGUUUCUUGCCAUUAGCUCAUAUUUACGAAAGAAUGUUACUUCAAUUUGGUAUUCUUGCUGGUGUGAAAAUUGGGUACCCACAAGGACCGUUGCCAACAACUUUAUUCGACGAUGUUAAGUAUUUACAACCAACUUUCUUAUGUCUAGUACCAAGAGUGUUUACAAAGAUCGAAGCAGCUAUAAAAGCACAAACAGUUGAGAAUGAUGCAAACCCUAAAAUUAAAACUUUAUUUCAGAACAUUGUUGACAAGAAAUUGAAAUUGCAGCAACAGGAAGAUUUUACUAAUCCAAGUUUUCCCGAAGGCGAUAAAGUGUUACUUCAAUUACGUGAGAAGCUUGGUUUUGGAAAAAUUGCAUUCAUGAAUACUGGUUCUGCUCCAUUAUCAGAAGAAACUUAUCGUUUCCUUCAAGCUAUUUUAAACUUGCCAGAUGGGUUCCGUUCAGGAUAUGGUCUUACUGAAAGUGCUAGUGGAGUUUGUAUUUCUCCAGCAUAUGCCAAUGAAUUCUCUUGUGGACCUAUUUCAGUUACAACAGAAUUCAAGUUGAGGGAUAUUGAAGAAAUGGGUUAUACAUCACUGGAUAAAGAUGGCCCAAGAGGUGAAUUACUAUUACGUGGUCCACAAAUUUUCCCUUACUAUUAUAAAAAUCCUGAAGAGACUGCUAAAGUCAUUGAUAAAGAUGGAUGGUUCUACACUGGUGAUGUUGCUGUUGUUUCUCCUCAACACGGAAAUAGAUUGCAAAUUAUUGAUAGAGUAAAGAACUUUUUCAAAUUAUCCCAAGGUGAAUAUGUAUCUCCAGAGAAGAUUGAAAACGUUUACUUGUCACAAUUUCCUUAUAUUUCACAAUUAUUUGCUCAUGGCGAUUCCACUGAAUCGUAUUUGGUUGGUGUUGUUGGCAUUGAUAAAGCACUGAUUGAUCCAUACUUGAAGAAGCGUUUUAAUGUUAGUAUUGAGAAGCAAGCAGAUAUUGUCAAGUACUUUGAGAAUCCUAAAAACAGAAGAGCGUUAUUGCACGAUAUGAAUGAAGCAAUUGAGGGUCAAUUGCAAGGGUUUGAAAAGUUGCACAAUGUAUUUGUCGACUUUGAACCAUUGACUCUUGAAAGAGAGGUUAUUACGCCAACGAUUAAAAUUAGAAGACCAGUUGCUGUUAAAUUCUUCAAAGAACAGAUUGAAAAUAUGUAUCGCGAAGGUUCUUUGAUCAAGGGCAGUAAUUUAUAG